UCCCAAUUUUCAAUCUUUUAUUUUCUUCCUUCAACUUUUUUUCAACCAAAACCCUAAUUUCACAACUUCUCAAAAAAACAUAAAAAAAAUUACACUCUUUUUUCCAUUUCUGAAAAUUAGUAGCUCUGUGCUUUGCUCUGCAGUGGUAGAAGUUUGUUUAGUUGGUGUUAAUUUUUUGUUUUGUUUUGUUUAGUUGGUGUUAAUUUUUUGUUCUGUUGUAUUUUUAUUUGUGUGCAAAGAAAAUUAAUCAAUCUUGCUGUUUUAAGUUUUCAGUUCUUGCAAAAAUUUGAUUUAAGGGGUUUUGGUUUUUUUACUUAUUUGAUUUUUUGUUUGCUCUGUUGUGACUUAUUUGGUAAAAAGAUUGUAUUUUUACUGUUGUUUGUUGCUCAAAGGAAAUUUUCUUGAUUUUCUCUAAUUAGGGAUUUGGGAUUUAAGUUGUUAAUUGUUUUCAGGGUUUAAGGGGUUUAUGAAUGGAGGACAAAGAAGGGGUUAAUAGUUCUGGGUUUAUAGUUAAAAGUAAUGAAUUUUCUGAAAAUUAUAGAAUGACCCCAAGUAAUGAAAAUGUGAAUGGGUUUAAUGGAGCAAUGGCUGCAGUUAUACCUGCAACUUCAAUGAGUGUGGCAGCACCGUCUACGGAAGGGAAGAAGAAGAGGGGAAGGCCUAAAAAAUAUAGACCAGAUGGUUCUUUAAAUACUGCAUUAUCACCAAUGCCAAUAUCAGCUUCAAUUCCACUUUCAGGAGAUUUUUCAGGUUGGAAAAACAGUGGAAGCCGCCCCGUUGAAUCCUUUAAGAAGAAGCAGCAAAAAAUUGAGCUUGGAAUACCAGGGGAAAGGGUGGCGUAUUCUGCUGGUGCAAAUAUAUCACCACAUGUAGCAUACUCCGUUGGUGGAAACUUUACACCGCAUGUGUUUACUGUUAAUGCUGGUGAGGAUGUUGCAAUGAAAAUUAUUUCAUUUGCUCAACAAGGAUCUAGAGCUAUUUGUGUGCUGACUGCCAAUGGUGCAAUUUCAAAUGUUACACUUAGUCAGCUUAAUUCUUCUGGUGGAACUUUGACCUACGAGGGUUGUUUUGAAAUUCUCUCUCUGACAGGAUCGUAUAUGUCUAGUGAUACCGGAGUAACAAAAAGCAGAUCUGGUGGGAUGAGUGUGUGUCUCUCAGGUCCUGAUGGUCGAGUUUUUGGAGGUGGCCUUGCAGGUGUAUUUAUGGCAGCUGGUCCUGUUCAGGUUGUCGUUGGAAGCUUUAUUCCUGGUCACCAGCAAGAGCAGAAUCCCAAGAAGCUAAGGUUAGAGCAUGCAGCUACUCUUUCAACUGCUAUUCCCACAAAUCAAAUUUAUGCAGAACGAACUGAUGGAGCUUACACUGGGCCAAGUACUAAUUUUACUUCUACGAUUCCCUUUCCUGGUGAUAACACAGUAUCACUGAACUCCAUACAUAACUCAAGAAUCUCUGCAUUAGAAAACAACAUUUCUAUGCCUGAAGAGGAAUCUAACGAGCAAAGUCCAUCAUCUUAAUUUAAUCUGAUGUAUUAUGGUGUAUUCCUGUACCUUAUUGGCAUAUUUUUUUUUUGGCCUAGUUGGAACUUUAGUCUUACCAUCCCCUUGUGCGCUAAAUAUUGAAGUGUAGGAUGUACUAAGGCAUAAAUUGUGUCGAUUUUUAACCUAGAAGUUACACUUUUUGUUGGUUGGCAUUGGACUUUCGGCCAGUAGAAGCUGUUAUAUUACUGUUUUC